AUGGCGUGCAGAUCGAGACUUACGCCACUUAUCAGGCGGGCAGCGGCGCCUGGUCUGUUGAGAUCUGCCACAGCUGCCAACUCCGUCCCUUGCGCCGCCCGCUGCAUAUCCAGCACCGCCGCACGCCACUUUCGCGGUUCGGCGCUGAGAAGAGCCAAGUUCACGACCGAUACCUACCCCGAGAUCAAGCGCGACGAACGGUUCUCCCAUAUCACCGCGGAGCAUGUCGCUUUCUUCAAGGGAAUCCUCGGAAAGGAGUCGGCCAUUCUCGAUGGCGUCACGGCAGAGGUCUCCGGGGACGACAUGGAGCCUUACAAUAUGGACUGGAUGAGAAAGUACCAAGGGCACUGCAAGCUGGUGUUGAAGCCCGGGUCCACCGAGGAAGUCAGCAAGAUCUUGAAAUACUGCAACGACAACAUGCUGGCGGUCGUCCCCCAGGGUGGCAACACUGGUCUUGUCGGUGGCUCCGUACCUGUCUUCGACGAGAUCGUCAUCAACACAAGCCGGAUGAACCAGAUACGGUUCUUCGACGAUGUGAGCGGUGUUCUUGUGGUUGAUGCCGGUGUUGUGCUGGAAGUAGCAGACCAGUUCCUGGCCGAGAAGGGCUACAUCUUCCCUCUGGACCUGGGUGCGAAAGGCUCGUGCCACAUAGGCGGAAACGUCGCUGCCAAUGCCGGUGGUCUUCGGCUUUUACGAUACGGAAGUCUACACGGGAACGUCUUGGGCAUUGAGGCAGUUCUGCCAGAUGGUACCAUCGUCGAUGACCUGAGCCGGCUGCGGAAGAACAACACCGGAUACGACCUCAAGCAACUCUUCAUCGGCGGCGAAGGCACCAUCGGCAUGGUCACUGCCGUCUCGAUACACUGCCCUCAGCGAUCCAAAGCUAUGAACGUCGCAUUCCUCGGGGCCGACUCCUUUGAGAAGAUCCAGCAAGCAUUCAGAGAAGCCAAGAUCCAGCUCGGAGAGAUCCUCUCUGCGUUCGAGCUGAUGGAUUCGUACAGUCAGAACCUUGUGCACACAGUCCGACAGAACAAGCGACCUCUGGAGGGCGAAUACCCCUUUUACUGUUUGAUCGAGACCAGCGGGUCAAACUCCGAGCACGACGCCGAGAAGCUGGGAAACUUCCUCGAGGAUGUCAUGUCGAAGGAAAUCAUCGCCGACGGUGUUUUGGCGGAGAACGAGACACAAAUCAAAUCAUUAUGGGCCCAGAGAGAAGGCAUCCCGGAAUGCCUAGGUCACUGGGGCGGAGUGUACAAAUACGACUUGUCGAUACCCCUGGGCGAUCUGUACAAACUGGUUGAUGAGACGAGGAAGCGCAUCGAGGACGCUGGUCUGAAAGGUGACACCGAUGACUUCCCGGUCGUGGACGUGGUCGGCUACGGCCACAUGGGCGACCAGAACCUGCACCUCAACAUCGCUGUACGGAGAUACGACAAGCGAGUUGAGGAGGUACUGGAGCCGUUCGUCUACGAAUGGACCGGCAAGGUAAACGGCAGCAUCAGCGCUGAACACGGCUUGGGUAUUGCGAAGAAGAACUACAUCGGUUACAGCCGAAGUGAGACCAUGGUCGGCUUGAUGAAGCAGAUCAAGAAUCUCUAUGAUCCUAAUGGAAUCAUGAACCCGUAUAAAUAUAUAUAG